GCCUCUCCUAUAACAUUCUAAACACCCUCAACAAAGAAAGUAGGUACCUAUACAGAGCCAGAAACUUGUAUUAAUCGUCACAAAGGAAAGAAGUAAUCGAGGAAAAGCACAAGUGAAAAUCAUGUCGGGAUCAAUAGUGGAGCCUCAUGACAAGAUGAGGGGUCGAGAUGUAAGCAAAGUAGCUAGAGGAGAGCAAGCCCCUCGUCCUCCUCAGCAAUCGCCGCAGGUCUCCCGCGCCCCACCUCCCUCCUCCACCACUCCUAAGGUGGAGACUGAAACAACCAGAUCGUUGCAACUCAAGAAAGAGAAUUUGUCUAAUCAGAUGCGUCGUUGUUACGACAGCUACUAUGACUACCACAAGUGCAUCCAGGAAAAGGGAACAGAGGCACAAGAAUGCAAGAAGGUCGCCGAGUACUACAAAUCAAUGUGUCCAGAAUGGAUUGAAAAGUGGAGAAUUGAGUAAGAGGAGGACUCCGCAAGACAAGGCAUGAGACAGCACAGUAUCCAAGUUCCGUUUCGUGCUGCUAGCUUACUACUUUUAUUUAUUUACUUGUUUUUCCCUUCAUAUACUUUGAAAUUCACAUUAAAUUUGAUUUAGGGAUAAUUAUUAUUAUUAUUA